AUGUGUGUGGAGUCAUUCAUGCCUAUCCAACCAAAACAAUAACAAUGUACAGGUAGUACCACGUAUCCGAGACAAAAGGUCCUUUAACCAACAACCACGUAGGCUUUAGACGUAGGACUAUACAUUUUGGUUAGGUUAGAGGCCUGCCUACAAAGUGUAGGAUGUAUAUCUACUCUAGAGAGCCCGAUACUAAAUCCUCACGGAUGUACCUAGGCCUUGUUGUAACCCUUGUGAGUAGCCUGGGGCAUGUGUUGACGGCCGACGACUUCCAGUUUCCAGAUCUAAGUGACCGUCUAGAGCUAAGCCCCGAAAAGUCAAUGAAUGUGAUUGAGGGCUUGAAGAAGAUAGGCGAUAUGUUUGACAAGGCUGAAGAACACAACAAAAAAGGCGACACUGGUGAUUGUAGAUUUAAGUGCCCUGAAGGUCUGACUGCAAUAGCCAAGCCAAAACACAAAGUGUAUCCGGAUGGAUGUGGAAGUCCAGAUAACAAGUUUGAUUUUCCUGUCGUUCCCGAGAUUGAUAAAUGUUGUGAUACACAUGAUAUCUGCUAUGGAACAUUUGGGGAAGAGAAAAAAAACUGUGACAGAAACUUACAAAAGUGCUUAAAGGCUGGAUGUAAAGAAGCUAUGAAAGCUCUUGGACGUAAAGACUCACACAAGCAAGGUUGCAGCAUGAUGAGUAAACUGAUACUUGGGUCUGUGAUGAGUUCAAGUUGUCAAGAAUAUAAGAUAUUACAGGAAAAGGCUACGCUCUGUCAAGCCGACACAGAUGGCCCAAAAAGUGAUGUCAAUAUAGUUGAUGAUAAUCUAAUGGAAAAUGUAAAACCAACUAGUGACGUGGAUUUAAAAGAAAAAUCGAAGAUACAUGAUGAUAUAAAUGAUGAUUUUUUAACCGUGGAGGUAGAAAACGAUGAUAUUGUUGAUGAUGAAGAUGAAAAAGAUGUAGUACAUGUUGAGAAUGAUGUACAACAAAGAGAUGAAUUAUGAAGACGACUAAUUAUGCAUUAUUAAACAUAUAAAUGCAAUUAACAUAGAUUCGGAAUAUUAUUGAAGAGUGUGAAAUGAAUGCUUUGGUAUUGCAUUAAAAAGCAAUAUAAUCUAUUACUUCAUUGUUAUAAAUGCCUCUGUGGGAAUAUAAUGUACAACAUCCAUUAUACAGAAACAAAGUAUCUGAAUCUAAUACAGAUAUACAGUAAUAGAUACAGAUAAAAUAGAUAGGCCCCUACAGAUAUACAACACAGAACGUUGUGGUUAGGUAUAUUACUACAUAACGUUCACACAACGUUGUAAGAACGCUCAAAUGCUGUGAAUUUAGGUUAUAAGUACGUACAUAUGGUUCUACAAAAUAGCGUUUUUAUCACCAAACUGUAACGUUUUUA